UAAAAUUAUUAUAAUUGAUUUAAUUUAUAAUUUUCAGAGUAGAAACCUUAAGAUUAAAUAUGAAAGACUUUCAGAGUUUUGUUUUGUACGUGGGUGCUUGGGCCAUGUUGAGAGUGAUUGUGAAAUUGCUCACUGUAUUAAGGAUGCGAGCAGAGUACCCACAGCAGUCUGCAUUUGCAGAAAUCCAAACCCUUCCAAAUUUGCCCCUUUGUGGAAGCCAAGUGGUGAGUGGUAAUAAGGAUACCCGGCAAGUCGAGGGGGGAAACAUAGAGAAUGGUACAAUUGACAUGGACCUGAAGAUUGAGAUAAAUCAGUCUCAAGCUGUUCUGCCUCCAAUUGCUGAGGUACAGCUGGUAGACGUUCCUUUGUCGCACCAGCUGGGGGACAUGAGCAACCACACAGGAAAGGGGACCACUGCCAAAGCAAAUAAGGACAGCUGGAAACGGUUAGUUCGGGAAGUGGGUUCUACAGGGACCACAGAGAAUGGGACUCGGAACAAGUGGCGAAGUUGUCUCACACCUAUGGAAGACGAGCGAGCCCUUAAAGUGCUAAUAAACAAUACAGGGGUGGCUUUAGCUCACUCGGCUACAGGCCAUGACCCCCUACCGGUUGAAGUAUACAGUAGCAUGGGACGACAUAUAGUGGAUUGGGGACUGUUGAUGUCGAGUUUUUCUAUUCUUUCCGUGAAGCUAGCUAAAUAGAUAAGGACGUCCAGUAGUUUCAAAUACUCAUAGUAACCUUUUUUUUCUACUUUUGUAGCCUUAUUUUUGCCCUUACAGUAAUUUUAGCUACAAUUAGUCGCAGAUGGCCCUCUUUGCUUAAUUGUCCAUAUAUGUCAUGAGCAUAAUUUAAAUUUGUUACUAAUGUUGUAGGUUACGCUUCUGUCCUUAAUUUGGCUAUAAUACCACUGCGAGAGAUUCAUCUGUAAUCUCCUUAUAUUUAAUAUAAUUCUCUAUUUCCU